UUUACCUAGGGCUACUUGUUUUUAAAAGAUGGAGGAGCAGCAGGAGGGCUACUACUACAGGAGGAGCACAUCCCACUACGCGGCGCUUUUGAGCACGCUUGCCCAGGACCCUCUCCUGCUGCCGGAUGUGCCAGACAGCCCGGACCUUGCGACCGUGGACGCGCUCGUCAGCGCGGAGCUGGGGAAUGCAAUGCGCCUGUCAGUGGUUAGAAUGGACGCCUCCUCCUUUGGUACGUCAAUUGCUACAAGCCAAUAUGACGAUUUGUGGUGGUCAGAUGUGCUUGUCCCACCCACAGCGACUGUGCGAAGUUUGAAGGCUGCAAUCACCAAGAGAAUCAACGAGCUGGAGGAACAAGAGCUGGGGCACCGGCAUUUCUCAUGGAGGCAUGUGUGGGGGAGCUUCUGCCUUUGCCAUGGGAAUGUCAAACUGGUGGGCGAUUCGACCGUCUUGAGGGAUGUGGGUGUCAGGGACCGUGACCAGAUCCGGUUCGAAGCUCACGUCACGUCCAGGGAAGCUGGCCUCCAUUCCCGUGCAAAGAGGCGACGCGUUUGGCGAUAGAGAGACGCUGUUGACCAUUUCCUAGGCCUAGAUCGCUGGGCUUGCCCUAAUGAAACACAUCGGAACUCUCGAGGUC